AGCCAGAGGAGCUACGGCAAGCACUCAUGCCCACACUGGAGGCUUUGUAUCGCCAGGACCCAGAGUCCCUGCCCUUCCGCCAACCUGUGGAUCCACAGUUGCUGGGCAUUCCUGACUACUUCGACAUUGUGAAGAACCCCAUAGACUUGUCCACCAUCAAGCGCAAGCUAGACACUGGUCAGUACCAAGAGCCCUGGCAGUACGUGGAUGACAUCUGGCUCAUGUUCAACAACGCUUGGCUCUACAACCGCAAGACCUCGCGUGUCUACAAAUACUGCUCCAAGCUGGCUGAGGUCUUCGAGCAGGAGAUCGACCCGGUCAUGCAGGGCCUGGGCUACUGCUGUGGGAGAAAGGUGUGUGUCGUGUGUGAAUAGACUAAUGUGUUUUUU